CAAUCGAAAACACGAAAUUGAGGAUUUGUAAAAUCCUUGUGUUGGAUUCGCAACAACCUCCUCAUACGCAACUUGGCUCCUGUGAGCAGAUGCAUGGAGGACAACCCCGGGCGCCUCUUGGCUCUUAAUACACACCAUACUCCCGUUUACCUCUUGAGAUGGCCGGAAACUAUGUUGGUGACUCGGAUGUGAAAGUUGGUCUUCCUCCUUUGGAUCACGUGAAUCCCUUGAAGCUGUUCGAUAUUGCUAGAGAGCAGGGAAGACCACUGUAUACCUCGGCGCCUAUGGUGAGGUAUAGCAAGCUUGCUUUUCGCCAGACAGUGCAUAAGUAUGGCGUCGACCUGUGCUGGACACCGAUGAUCCUGGCAAAAGAGUUCAACAGAAGCGUCUUCGCACGAGACAGUGACUUCACACUCCCCCCUUCUCCGACAUCAGUCCCAACGAUCCUCCAAUUCGGCGCCAACUCUCCCCUCGAGUUCGCGCGCGCAACAAGCACCAUGGCACCCUUCGUCUCAGGAGUGGAUCUCAACUGCGGCUGUCCCCAGUCCUGGGCAUGCGCGGAAUGUCUGGGUGCCGCGCUGAUGAACAAGCGUGAGCUCGUUGCUGAUAUCGUCAAAGAGGCCAAGGCGACGCUGAAGAGUGAUGGGUAUGAAGGGCGGAGGACAGUUAGUGUCAAGAUCAGGAUACACAAAGACCUACGCCAAACAAUAGACUUCAUCAAAACCGUCCAAGACGCUGGCGUCGACUUCCUCACUAUCCACGGCCGCACCAAAGCUCAACGCUCCUCCGAGCCUGUCAACACCGAAGCCCUCACCCUCCUCCGACCCCACGUCACCGUUCCCCUCAUCGCCAACGGCGACGUCUCAACCCUCGUAAUCGCAUCUUCCAUCGUCGCUGAAACAGGCGUGGACGGCGUCAUGUCGGCGCGCGAUAUCCUGGCCAACCCGGCCCUGUUCGCGGGGCACGAUACCUGUCCGUGGGAAGCGGUUGAGCACUUUAUGAAUCGUGUCGUGAGGGCGCCGAUUCCGUUUAAGCUUGUGGUGCAUCAUUUGAGUCAGAUGACGGGUAGUGCGGGAGGGGGUAAGCCGGCGUUGCUGGGGAAGGAGGAGAGAGGGGAGCUGAUGGAGUGUCGGGAUAUGAUCGAGGUGAUUGACUUUUUGGAUCGGGUUAAGGGGAUUACGCGGCUUUAGAUGGGGGCAUAUAGAUGAGAGCAUAUAAAUGACAACAAUGAAGCAG